GUCGAGCGGCCAGGCCACCAGGGCGUGGUAGGUCGAGGGCGAGGAGAGGCUGUAGUUGAAGCCGUAGAGGGCCGGGGCGGAGGGGAGGGGGGUGGCGAGGGCGUGGGACAGGGCGAGGAGGGGGAGCAUGGCGGUGGCGAGUGAGUGCAUGGCGACGGUAGGUUUGAGGUUUGAGUGGGAAGCAAGGCGGUUCUCUGGUGGCUGGCGUCUGUCGGGAAGCAGGUUGCAAGUGUCACGUUUGGGGAAAGGGGAGCCAAGUCCAGACACGCAGAGGCCCUCGACGUGAUAUAGGUGACACUGAUCCACCUCGAGAUGGUUACGUGUGCUGCUGGUAUGACGGUGCCAUGAGCCUUGAUUUGUUGCAAUGGUUGCACGCCUCGGCAGUCACCAUCGCCCCAUCACGGAAAGCUGUAGUCUCUUCAACACAACGGAAAGCAACGGCGCAGAAUGACGUCCUUGGCAGUUCAGCCUAUCCAGCGGUGAUGGCCCAGAGCCGGCCAUUAUGCAGGUGUAAUUGAACAUGCCCAUCUAUUCAUAACUACAUCGUGUUGCCUCCUCGCCACGCCGCUUAGCCUGAACUCUUGCCGUCCGCAAUGGGCAAUGAUUGGAUCGUGAAUGGAACGUCGGCAACGUUCCGUGGCAGCCAGACACAUACAUGGAUGCUAGAAUGCGGGUCAACAGCCACCCAGCUAGUCGUCCAUCUGUGCAAUUGCGUGGUUAGCAGUUAGUAAGUACUUUGCACAGAGCAAAAGCAGACCCAAAACUCACAAUAGGGCUUUUCCUCAGCCACUCCUCCAUGCUGGUCAGGCCCGGUGCAUGUCCCCACACUGGCGACAUGGACGUCGUAUCCGCGCUCUACCAUCCACCUCACCACCUCCUCCAUCCCGGGGAAAACCUCCUGGCGCAGGCCGAGCAUGUCAAACGGCUUCCCCGUGACCCUGGCAAAGACCUCAUCCAGCUGCGCAAGCGUGAGCUCGUCUCCAGCCAGCCCCAGCGUGCGGCCACCAGCCGGUGA